CGCGGGGAAGGGGGGGAACCGGGGGGACGGGAGCGGUGACGGACCGGGCGGAACCACCGCGGCCGCUGGGGGGUGGGGUGCGAAGGGGUAGAACCACGUCGGCGGGACCGGGCGCGAGAGGCUCCGCCAUGGCGGCCCCCGACGAGCUCCGCUUCCAGGAGCUGGAGGCGGCGGCGGAGCUGCUGGCGGCCACCCCCGACGCCGUCACCCCCCGCGCCGGCGAGGAGCGGCCGAGCCCCGGCCCCGAGGGCGAGCCCGGGGACGACGCCGACACGGCCGAGCUGCUGGGCGAGCAGAGGCAGCCGCGGAGCUUCUGGACCUUCGAGUACUACCAGGCCUUCUUCGAUGUCGACACCCAGCAGGUUCUGGAGAGGAUCAAGGGCUCGGUGACGCCGCUGCCAGGGAAGAACUUCGUCCGGCACCGUCUGCGCAACAACCCCGACCUCUACGGGCCCUUCUGGAUCUGCGCCACGCUGGCCUUGGCCCUGGCCCUCAGCGGGAACCUCUCCCACCUGGCCGAGAAGCGAACGGCCCCCGGCUACCGCUACAGCCCCCAGUUCCACAACGGUGCUGUGGCUCAUCCCGGCGGCCUGGCUGCAGUGGCUACUGCUGGGGGUGGCCGCGCUGCUCUCGGCCUCGGUGCUGGCCCUCACCUUCUGGCCGCUAGCCCGCCCCGAGGGCCGGGCAACCGCCUUGGCCCUGGUGGCCACCGUCACCUCCCUGCACGCCCUCCUCGCCGUCGGCUGCAAGCUCUACUUUUUCCAGCGGCCACCAAACGCCGGCCCGGUGGCCGCCACCACCGCCGCGGCCGAGGGGCUCCGCGCGCCCGCCGCCAACAUCUCCCUGCCGGGAGCCCACCCCGCGCGGUGACGGCGAGGGGGGCCCUUGCAUGGAGCCCCCCCCGGACCCCCACCCCCCCAAGCGCGGACAGACGGACGGGUCCCGGCAUCCCCCCCCCCACCCCUCAUUUCUACACAAACUGACCCAAAUAAACACGGCGGUGCCCCCCCCUUGCGCCCCCCCAUGGUGUCUCCUGCCUGGGGGGAGCCCCAAAACCAGCUUUUGGGGGGGAGGGGGGGAGCACACACACUUUUUUUUGGGGGGGGAGGGGGGUGUGGAAGCCAGCGGGGCGCGCUCCUUGGAAACCCUCCCCUUUAUUCACUACUACAGCCCAAAAUCCAGCAGAUCCGCUAAUUCCUACGGCCCGGCGAGGGGGGGCCUGGCCCCACCCCCACCCCCCCCCCAGCCACUGCGCAAGGUGGGGGGCGUCCCCGCCGCGUGUUUCCCCCCACCGACCCCCCCCCCCCCCAAAGAGGGGAAAAGAAUCCGGGCGCCGACCGCGGCGGGGCUCAGUCCUGCACCGGGAGGAGGGGGGGCAGGAAUGGGGCUAAAAG